AUGCACACCUCUCUCCUUGCCCUCUCCGUCCUCUUGGGCGCCGUCCAGGCCGGUGGUGGCGGUCAGAACAUUCUUUACUCGCCCGACGACUACGAAUUCGACCCGCUCGAGCACCUUGCCGGCAUCGCGCCCUACUUCUCGCCGCAGGACCCGCCGCUCUCGCCCGCGCCUCCGCAAGGCUGCAACGUGACACGCGCCGCAUACCUGGUGCGCCACGCCGCCAUCUACGCCAACGACUUCGACUACGAGUCGUACAUCGAGCCCUUCACCGAGAAGCUCGCCAACACCUCGGCCGACUUCUCGUCCUCCCAGACCCUGUCCUUCCUCUCGACAUGGCACGACCCCAUCGACGAGGACCGUGACAUGGAGCAGGUGACUAAGAUUGGUACGCUGGAGGCCAUGUCGCUGGGUGUCGAGCUGGCGCGCCGCUAUCCGACCUUCGCCACGCCCAAGAAGGUGUGGACGUCGACGGCCGAGCGUACCGUCAAGAGCGCGCGCGCCUUGAUCAGCGGCUUGGACCGGACCAGCAACAUGAGCGCCCUUACGCAGAUUGCUGAGGAGAAGACGACCGGUGCCAACAGCCUGACGCCCUACAAGGCCUGCUCGGCCUACAGCUCGUCGCGCGGUAGCGAGCAGUCAUCUGCCUUCCAGAAGAAGUACACCGCUCCCAUCAUCGCCCGCUUCAAGGCCGAAGUCCCUGGCUUCAACUGGACCGCCUCGGACAUCUACGGCAUGCAGCAGCUCUGCGGCUACGAGUCCGUCAUUCGCGGCACCUCGCCCUUCUGCUCGCUGUCGCUCUUUAGCCCGGACGAGUGGCUGGCCUUCGAGUACACCAACGACCUGAUGUACCACCACAACACGGGCUACGGCAACCCCGUGUCAGGGGCCAUCGGCUACCCGUGGCUGAAUGCGACGGCCGCCGCUCUCGCCUCGUCGUCCACCAACAGCUCGGGCGCUGCCCAAGACCUGUACGUCUCCUUCACGCACCGUGAGCUGCCGCCCACGGUCCUCGUCGCCAUGGGCCUCUUCAACGGCUCCGCCUUCACCGGCACCAACAACCCCAACGCUACUAUGCCCACCGACACGGUCAACCACCGCCGCGCCUGGAAGAGCUCGCACAUCCUGCCCUUCCUCACCAACAUCGCCAUCGAGAAGAUGUCGUGCGACAGCUACGGCUACGAGGACUCGAGCGAUGCCGAGUACUACCGCGCUCUCGUCAACAGCAGCCCCCAGCCGCUGCCCGGCUGCGUCGACGGCCCCGGCGAGAGCUGCGCCGCGAGCAGCUUCGCCCAGUGGGUGCAGGAGCGCGGCCAGAUGGUCGGCGGCUUCACGGAGGCUUGUGGAGAUAGCGGCGAGGAGUCGAGCGGAGGGGACGUGUUGAGCAUCUAUGAUGAUGCUGAGUGA